AUGAAUGGAGAUGUAGAGGCUGCCAAUAAGAACAUCAAGAAGAUCCUGAGGAAAAUGAUUGACAAUCACCUAGGUUGGUAUGAAAUGUUUCCAUAUGCUUUGUUGGGCUAUCGAACGACUGUCAAAACGUCGAUUGGAGCCACUCCAUAUUUGCUAGUAUAUGGAACAGAAGCAGUCAUACCUGCUGAAGUCAAGAUACCGUCAUUGAGAAUCAUCCAAGAAGCUCAGUUGAGUAAUGAUGAGUUGGUCAGCAAGCGGAAUGAUCAACUAACUUUGAUUGAUGAGAAGAGAAUGGUUGCCGUUUUUCAUGGUCAACUAUAUCGACAGAGAAUGAUUCAUGUUUUCCGAAAGAGAGUCAGAGCCAGAAUUUUUGAAAUUAGGCAGUUAGUACUUAAGCGCAUUUUUCCUCAUCAAGAUGAGUACAAAGGAAAAUUCUCACCAAAUUGGCAACGACUUUACAUGGUUCGCAAAUUAUUAUCUAGAGGUGCUUUAGUCCUAUCGGAGAUGUAUGGCACCGCAUGGACGAAACCGAUGAACUCAGAUGCUGUCAAGAGAUACUACGUGUGA